AUGACUAUGAAAUACACCAAUAUUACCAAUAUAAAGGAUUUUAUUAUCACUGGAUUUCCUGGACUUCCUCCUGAAUAUUAUGGUCCCGUGUCUGUGCUUCUUCUUCUGGUUUUUCUCGCUAUUGUGAUUGGAAAUGGUUUCACUAUAGCUGUAAUCAUUUGUGAGCGUACUCUGCACAAACCAAUAUAUGUGAUCUUUUUUAACCUUGCAAUGACAGACAUGUGCUUCGGCAUGGUAACUCUUCCAAAAAUCAUAGCCAGAUACUGGUGGAAAGACAUGAUAUCUUCAUUUGGAGCUUGCUUUACACAGAUGUAUUUUGUUCAUUCUUUGGGAGCUACUCAUUCUUUCAUUUUGCUGAUGAUGGCUUUGGAUCGCUUUGUUGCCAUAGGGUUUCCAUUCAAAUAUCCAGUUAUAUUUACAAACAAAGCAGUGUCUGUUGCUUGUACCAUGUGCUGGGUUUUAACAUUCAUGCGUGUGUUGGGAACUGUGUUCCAUGCCUUGACUUUGCCUUACUGUGACCAAAAUAUUAUCAUGCAGUGUUACUGUGAUCAUGUAUCAAUAACUCGGCUGGCAUGUGGCGAUGAUGUGGCAUAUGUGAACAGUGUUGCAGUUGCUAAUUCAAUGGUCACUCUCCUGGUUCCUUUAACAGUCAUAAUAUUAUCUUAUUUUUCUGUCAUCAUAGCUGUUCUUACUAUGUCUCACACUGAGAGGCAUCACAAAGUGCUGUCCACUUGUGCUCCUCAGAUCUUUAUUACCUGCCUUUACUAUGUGCCGAGAUGUUUUGUUUAUCUCGCUAACCUUGUGGGGUUUAAUUUCAGUCUUCUUGCUCGGGUUAUUAUUACAAUGAUGUACAGCCUCACAACUCCUGUUGUUAAUCCAGUGAUCUACUGUUUCAAGACCAAAGACAUUAAGAACGCUUUGAUGCAGAGAUUUAAUAAUAGAAAAGUAAACAUUGCAAUCAAAACUUACUGCAAAUGA